AGGAACUCGGAAAAGUCGAUUGUUGUAUGGGCUAGAGGAUAGCCCGUCGUGGUAUAUGUGCAUAUGGUUAGGAUUGCAGCAUUGUCUGCUCUGCGCCACAUCGAUUGCUUUGCUUCCGAUUGUGUUUGGGCCGUCUAUGUGCAUGUUUGAUGAUGAUGUUGGAUAUCAGGCUAAGAUUAUGUUUACAAGCUCAUUAUAUUUUGUAUCUGGAAUAUCAACAAUAUUGCAAUGCACUUUGGGAUCAAGACUUCCAAUCGUCCAGGGAACAACAUUUACUUUGAUAGCUCCUGUUAUAGCCGUUCUAUCACUUCCUCACAACGAAUGCCCAAAUACAAAUGUUGGCAUCAACAACGAAACUGGGCAUUUCCUAUACAAUGAUACCAAUGGCGACGUAGUGGAUGGCGUGGAGCUGUGGCAGAGGCGUAUGCGUGAGAUACAAGGCUCGUUAUCGGUUGCUUCGAUAACAGAAUUUCUCAUUGGCGUCACGGGAGCUACAACCUUUAUUGUACGAUUUGUUGGUCCGAUGACAAUAGCUCCUGCAAUUGCUUUGAUUGGUUUAGACUUAUUUGCUGUAGCCUACCAUGAAGCAGAAGGACACUGGGGAAUUGCAAUGUUUGUCAUAUUUGCAGUGACGUUGUUCUCGCAAUAUUUAAACAACGUUCAAGUCCCGAUACCAUGGUUCGACAAGAAAAGAAAAUGGCAUUUCAAACGUACGAAGCCUUUCGGACUGUUUCCUGUUCUUGUUACAAUCAUACUAGCAUAUGUGCUCUGCCAUAUACUUACAGUGACGAACGUUCUACCUGACGAUCCAGCUGUUCCGGGAUACGCGGCAAGAACUGACACCAAAUCACACGUUGUUCAAAAUAGCCCAUGGUUUUAUUUUCCGUAUCCUGGACAUUGGGGUCUUCCCAUCGUCAGCGGGGCAGGAUUUGUUGGAAUGUCAGUUGCGGUAUUUGCUGGCAUUGUAGAAUCUAUUGGAGAUUACUACGCUUGUGCAAAACUGGUUGGAGCACCUCCCCCACCACCUCAUGCCGUGACAAGAGGAAUAAUGAUGGAAGGUUUGGGUUGUGUUUUCGCUGGUUUUGUGUCCGGAAGUGGAACGACUUCAUACAGUAACAACAUAGCAGCUAUAGGAAUCACAAAGGUCGCAAGUCGCAGAGUUUUGAUUGCAACAGGAAUUAUUUUAACCUUAAUGGGAGUUUUCUGUAAGUUUGGAGCAAUAUUUGUGACGAUUCCAACACCAAUUAUAGGUGGAAUUUUUUGUGCUACAUUUGGUAUGAUUGGCGCUGUCGGGAUCUCAAUGUUGCAAUUUGUGGAUAUGAAUUCUCCAAGGAAUCAAUACAUUCUUGGAUUUUCACUUUUUAUGGGAUUGGUUAUUCCAGAGUGGAUGAAAGCAAAUCCUGGAUCGAUAGAAACCGGCGCUGUCUUUCUUAACCAAACGAUCGCGGUUCUUCUUGAAACAGCUACAUUUGUCGGAGGUUUUUCAGCUGCUUUACUCGAUAAUACCGUCCCAGGAACACUUGAAGAACGUGGCAUAAUCGCAUGGAAAAAAAGUUCAGGUGAUGCAACAGGUGAUGACGACAAUUUUGAAGUCGGAAAAGAAAGUUAUAACUUGCCAUUUUCAACGAAUUGGAGGUUUGCAAAAUUCUUUCCAAUUUUUCCUCAGUUUGACAAGCAAAUUAGGUUUGGAAAAGAAGAACAAAAUCAUAACACCGAAGCAGCUCAGCUAUUUGACAUUGAUGUUGAAACAACUUGCUAACAUUACGUGAUUAUAUAUAUAUAUAUAUAUAUAUAUCAUCAGGCAUAUAAUUCAAUUAAUCAGUUGAACCAACUGGUCUUGACCUUUUUUGACAACAUUGUAUAUACCAUGACUAAUACUAAGAUAUUUCCAGCAACGUUUAUUCACGUCACUAAGUAGAAAAUACUAUGUUAUGGCGGUCUUUCUAGCAGUUCGGGUCUGAAAAGUUUGAUGUAGAUUUGUCACCUAAAUAUAUGUCACUUGU